GGAGAAGAAGGCGGCAGGAGAGAUGGCGAAGAAGGGACAUCCGUGGGUCCCAGUUUCGUAACGCGCACAGAUUGGAGCGGAGUGGCUUGCAUUUCGCGGGGGAGCCGAGAAGGGCAGGAGAGAGAUGGGGGGGGAGGGCUGCCUUUCUCCCCCCCACCCCAUAACUGGCUCCUUCAGGUGGCCGCAUCAAGGCAGCUUCCCUUUCCCUUCUUCUCCUCCUAGUCUUCGCUCCCGGGAAUGUCCUUAUCAAACAAAGGCACGGGUGGUUUUGUCUUAACUGCCUUCGGUGCAAAAUUUACUUUCUCCAAGUGGCUUUUCUAUUUACAAGGGUGUCUUAAGGCGUGCCAUGGGUGUUCCUCAAGCACUAAGUGUGACUGCAGUGGGCAAAAAGGAGAAAAGGGCGAUCGAGGUUUCCCAGGUUUGCAAGGCCAGCCCGGAUUGCCUGGCUUCCCUGGCCCAGAAGGACCAGCUGGAUCCCGUGGUGAGAAGGGUGAUGGUGGAUUUCCAGGGCCUACAGGACCCAAAGGCAUCCGAGGUCCUCCAGGCUUACCAGGUUUCCCAGGAACACCAGGGCUUCCUGGACUACCAGGUCAGGAUGGACCUCCCGGACUCCAAGGUAUCCCAGGAUGCAAUGGAACGAAGGGAGAACGUGGUUUUCCAGGCAGUGCAGGUUUCCCAGGUUUGGCUGGACCUCCUGGCCCACCUGGUUUUCCAGGAAUGAAAGGUGAACGAGGAGAUAUUAUCACCUCUCCCCUCCCUGGACAGAAAGGUGACCCGGGAUUUCCAGGUCCACCCGGAAUUCCAGGCUCUGCAGGUCCCCCUGGUGUAGAAGGCCCAGUUGGUCCUCCCGGACCCCCAGGUUUGACGGGUCCUCCUGGUCCCCCAGGAUUGCCGGGUUCUAAGGGCAAUAUGGGCUUGAAUUUCCAGGGACCCAAAGGAGAAAAAGGUGAACAGGGACUUCAAGGACCCCCAGGGCCACCAGGACAGAUCGGCGAACAGAAGAGAAUCAAUGAUGUAGAAUUUCAAAAAGGAGAUCAGGGUGUUCCAGGUGACCCGGGCCCCCCAGGGUCCCCGGGCACCCCCGGGCUUCCUGGCCCUCCUGGUGGUGGAAAAGGUGAAAAAGGUGAGCAAGGAGAACCAGGCAAAAGAGGGAAGCCAGGAAAAGAUGGGGAACCUGGAUUGCCAGGUUUGUCUGGUUUUCCCGGUGAACCUGGCAUGUCUGGUAUCCCGGGAAGAGAUGGAGACAAAGGUCAAAAAGGAGAAGCUGGUUUACCUGGUCCACCUGGAUUGGUGAUUCCAAGGCCAGGCACCGGUACGACAGUGGGACCAAAGGGUAGCAAAGGAGUGGCAGGAUAUCCUGGAAGCAAAGGAGAUCGUGGUUAUCCUGGGCCCCUGGGCCCUCCUGGUUUACCAGGAACUCCAGGAGUUCCAAGCGUAGGCCCUCCAGGUCCACCCGGUUUACCCGGUGAAAGAGGACAGAAAGGGGAUCAGGGCCUUCCUGGGAUCGCUAUACCAGGACAGACAGGAAUUGAUGGACAACCAGGGCGCCCAGGACCUCCAGGGCCUCCAGGACCACCAGGAUCAACGAUCCCACCUGUUGAUCGGCUUUGUGAGCGAGGACCUCCUGGCUCUCAAGGAGCCCGUGGAGACCAAGGAUUUCCAGGGGAAAGAGGCCAGAAAGGUGACAAGGGAGAUCUUUGUUCUAACUGCAUAGGAAGCGGCAUCCCAGGCCCUCCAGGAGAAAAAGGUUUUCCUGGCCUCCCUGGAGAUCCAGGGGCUCCUGGUUUUCCUGGGCCAAAAGGUGACAAAGGUGUUUCUGGUGUGUUUGGAGCUAUCGGGCCUCAAGGUCCUCCCGGCCCUACAGGUCCUCCUGGACGUUCUGGUCCUAAGGGUGAUCCAGGUGACGUGAUUGGUUUCCCUGGAAUGAAAGGCGAAAAAGGAAAUCCAGGUUUCCCAGGUCCUCCAGGGCUGCCUGGCUUAGAUGCUUCUCCUGGGAAAGAUGGACCCCCAGGUUUUCCUGGACCCAAGGGCGAGCCAGGUAGCAUUGCUUUCAAAGGAGACCGGGGACCUACUGGGGAUCCAGGUGUUCCUGGGCUUGGUGGAGAGCGAGGGCCUCCAGGGCCUCCAGGAUUUGGACCACAAGGACCUCCAGGAGAAAAGGGGCCUCAAGGCGUUCCUGGACGUCCAGGUUCGCCAGGUGCUCCAGGGCCCAAAGGUGAACCUGCGCAAUCUGUCCCCGAAAAAGGACCUCCGGGGCUUCCGGGACCCCCAGGCAGAAAUGGAGAAGAUGGUUUUCCAGGAGACCCUGGUCAGCCUGGAUCACCUGGGUUGCCAGGAAUCCCCGGCCAAAAAGGUGAACCCGGCUUCCCUGGCAUUGGACUCCCAGGCCCACCAGGGCCCAAAGGUUUGCCUGGUUUAUCAGGUGAAUCUGGACUUCCAGGAAACUCUGGAAGACCAGGAGCUGAUGGAGCCCCUGGACUGCCUGGAGAGAAAGGACAGAAGGGAGAGAGAGGAUUUGGCGUUCCAGGACCCACAGGGCCAUCUGGGCCACCUGGUUUCAAAGGAGCACAAGGUGCCAAAGGUGUGCCUGGCUUCCCAGGAAACCCCGGCUCCCCGGGACGGGCAGGAUUUGAUGGAGUUCCUGGAGCUAAAGGUGAUCCAGGACCACGUGGCCAGCCUGGGCUAGUUGGACCUCCAGGGAUUCCAGGAACUGGUGUCCAAGGACCACCUGGUCCACCUGGUCCUCCAGGACCGGCAGGACAACCAGGAUUUCAAGGCAUCCCUGGCGAGAAAGGAGAUCCUGGGCCACCAGGAUUUGAUGUUCCUGGUCCUCCAGGUGACAGGGGCAACCCAGGUUUUCCUGGAGCACCUGGUCUUCCAGGUGGACCAGGUUCCCCCGGUUCUCCAGGACGAGAUGGAACUCCAGGCAUACCAGGAAGCAAAGGCGAGAUGGGAGUGAUGGGGGCACCUGGUCCUGUGGGAGCAUCUGGAUCUCCUGGAAGAAAUGGCUUCCCUGGGCUUAAAGGCAAUGAUGGUUUACCAGGACAAUCAGGUCAACCAGGACUUGCCGGACAAAAAGGCAGCAAAGGAGAACCUGGCUUGCCGGGAGCUCCCGGAAAAAUUGAUAUUGACCAACUGGGUUCCAAAGGAGAAAAGGGGGAACCUGGAGAGAAAGGUAAUCCUGGUUUGACCGGUCAGAAGGGUUAUCCAGGCCUCCCAGGUGACCCAGGGCCUGCUGGAUUAGUUGGACAGCCAGGUGCACCUGGAUUGCCAGGUCCCAAAGGAGACACUGGAAUUCUGGGGCCCCCUGGACCAGUUGGGCCCCCUGGAUUAAAAGGUGCCACUGGCGAGAUGGGACUGCCAGGUCCCCCUGGCACAAAAGGUUCACAAGGCGUCCCAGGGCGUCUUGGCCAGCCUGGUUCUCCUGGGUCAUCUGGACUGAAAGGAGACAAGGGGGAUCCCGGUAUUUCAGGCAUUGGUAUUCCAGGUCCUCCUGGCCCCAAGGGUGAAAGUGGAUUACCUGGCUUCCCUGGUUCUCCAGGCCCUAAAGGAUCUUUUGGAAAUCCGGGGUUGCCUGGGUCACCAGGUACUCUGGGAAUAAAAGGUGAACCUGGCCUUCCUGGAUUCCCAGGGACACCAGGCAUUCCAGGACCAAAAGGUCUUGAUGGACCUCCAGGAAGCCCAGGUGUUCCAGGACCACCUGGAUCUCCAGGUGAACUUGGUCGUCCUGGCUCUCAAGGCCUUCUGGGGGAAAAAGGACAACCUGGGCGAGAUGGCAUCCCUGGACCAGCAGGGCAGAAAGGUGAACCAGGUCAACCAGGAUUUGGACUUCCCGGACCUCCAGGCCUCCCAGGACUUGCAGGUCAAAAGGGAGAUUCAGGCUUCUCUGGACCCCCAGGGCCUCCAGGACCCCCUGGUUUAAAAGGAGAAAUGGGUGCCAAGGGAUUUCCUGGCACUCAGGGCUUAGAAGGUCCUCCAGGACUUCCUGGGCCACCAUCAGAAGGACCUAAGGGGAGCCCUGGGCCACCAGGCAUCCCAGGACGGCCAGGUCUUCCUGGGCCUGAAGGACCCCGUGGACCACCCGGGAUUGGGGGAGUGAAAGGAGAAAAAGGAAACCCUGGCCAGACAGGUCAGCCCGGACUGCUUGGACUGAAGGGAGAUCAAGGGGCACCUGGACAGUCGGGUGAACCUGGACGUCCAGGCCUGAAUGGGAUGAAGGGAGACCCAGGUGUUCCAGGAGUACCAGGAUUUCCAGGCUUGAAGGGACCUACUGGACCUUUGGGAUCUCCUGGCCCCGGAGGAGACCCUGGACCCCCUGGCUCCCCAGGUCCUCCAGGGAUACCUGGUCCAACUGGACAAACAAUUGUGGUUAAAGGUGAUCAAGGACCACCUGGUCCUCCAGGGCUGCCUGGAAUGAAAGGUCUAUCUGGACUCCCAGGGCCUCCAGGUUUGCCAGGUUCAAUUGGUCUUCCUGGUGAUGUUGGACGAGAUGGUCUGCCUGGUUUUGAUGGUCCAGCAGGACGUAAAGGGGAUAGAGGACUCCCAGGCCAGCCAGGUCUGCGUGGUUCACAAGGGCCUCCUGGCCCUGAUGGAUUGCAAGGUCCUCCAGGACUCCCAGGAACAGGUUCAGUUGCCCAUGGAUUCCUUAUAACUCGUCACAGCCAAACCAUCGAUGCCCCCUUCUGCCCACCAGGAACCAUCCGGAUCUAUGAUGGAUUUUCCCUUCUCUAUGUGCAAGGAAAUGAGAGAGCUCACGGGCAGGAUCUGGGCACUGCUGGCAGCUGUCUCCGUCGUUUCAGCACCAUGCCCUUCAUGUUUUGCAACAUCAACAACGUCUGUAACUUUGCAUCUAGGAAUGACUACUCUUAUUGGCUUUCCACUCCUGAGCCGAUGCCAAUGAGCAUGGAGCCACUAACUGGAAAGAAUAUCCAACCUUUUAUUAGCCGUUGUACAGUCUGUGAAGCUCCUGCAAUGGUCAUAGCAGUCCACAGCCAGACCAUUCAAAUCCCCUCAUGUCCACAGGGCUGGAACUCGCUCUGGAUCGGAUAUUCAUUCAUGAUGCACACCAGUGCUGGGGCAGAAGGAUCUGGACAGGCCUUGGCUUCUCCUGGCUCUUGUCUUGAGGAAUUCCGCUCAGCUCCCUUCAUUGAGUGCCAUGGCCGAGGAACCUGCAACUAUUAUGCCAAUUCGUACAGUUUUUGGCUGGCAACUGUGGAAAUAGCAGAAAUGUUUAAUAAACCUCAGUCGGAGACUCUUAAGGCUGGUGACCUUCGGGCCCGUAUCAGCCGAUGCCAAGUUUGCAUGAAGAGGACGUAAUACGUCAGACUUUUUUAUUAAAAGAGAAACACCACAGCAACUGAGAAAUCUUUUAAUGCACUGUCCUUCAGCUAUAACAAUGGUGCUAUUGUGGAAAAGGAGAAGAAGAAGAAGUUUGAAGAAGAGACACUCCUAUUGAUGCAGAUCUCAGUGCCUCUCCCUGAAGGAGAACCCCAAAACCAACGUGUUGCAUUUUGGGGAUUGGGGCGGGUUAGAAAUUUGGCUACUAAACAAAUUUAUUAAUUAAAGGAAUCAGUUGACGGAACUAUGGAAAAGAUAGUCAAGGCAUGGGAAGACUGGGAAGAUUUUGAAGAAGUCAACCUUUUUCUGUAAGGACUGAAAAUAUGCUCUUUGCCAAAUUGACCCCCAAAAAUGAAGAUGCCACCCCCCCCCCAAAAAAAAAAACAAUUCCUGCAAGGAGGAGACUGUGCUGUGCCAAGAAACCCCACAUUGUGGUGCUAUUGAUCCUACUGUAUUCCCAGAUUUUGAUAUGAAAUGUUUAAACUUAUUAUUUUUUCCUUUGUAAGUAAUGAAAUGUGUAUAUUGUGUAAACACAUUUUUCUAGUUUCCAACUUCUCCAUCAUUUAGAUACAAGCCAGCCUAAGCUCACUGACUUCACCAAAAGAAAUCAAGCCAACCUAUAUAUAUAUAAAUAUAUAUAUUAAAAUAUAUAAAUAAAUAUAUAUAUAUAUAUUAAAAAACUGAGAAAGGUCAUCUGAAAGGAGACACUAUUCUAAGACAGGAAACAGUUUCUACGGAUCUGUUUUCUUUUACCCCUCUCGCUUGCUCACUCACACUCGGUCCCAGCGAACUACUACUGAGUUUUUAAAAGUUUUAUUUUCUUCCCUGGAUUUGGCUCACAUUUUAUUUGAAAAGUGUAUAAUAAUGUUGUAGCCUUUUAAAAGAAAACAGAGCUGUUAAUUAAUGUCUAUAUUGUAUGCCACUCUCUUGAUAAUUUUAUUUGUCCAUAAGAGCAACAAAAAGCAGAAAGAUCAUUUUAAAGGGUUUUAUUUUCUCAUAUUCUGUGAAAUAUUAGAUCCGCCUCCUUGCCGAACUGAUCCCUUUUCUUUUAGAUCCUGUAAUCUCUAGCUAGGAAACACCACUAACAGCCAUGCUGAUUAAGAAUUGUAGGAGUUAAGAUCCAAAUGAUCCAAGGGCAUCUUAUGCAGGAAGACAGUUUUAUAGUCUUUUGUGAAGAAACAACAACUAAAAGUCAUUCAUUUGAAUGACAUUAAUUUAUGUUGGUUCAGCUGACCAGACCUUCAAAGUAUACAGGUAGCACAAAGUUUAUAAUUAUUAUUCAUGUACACACAAUGCACACCCAAAUCCACUUUUCCCCAGACAUAAUGUCUAGUAUUUUAUCCAAAUAACUGUACACUUUGAAAAUCCUUUUGACUGAAAUAAAGUGAAAAACUAGUGAAGACUA